AUGAACCCUUCAACAACAAUAACAGCCCGCCUUCUCACCAGAACCGGCAGCAUCAGUGCCACGCGAACAAUAAUAACCGCUUCCAAGCUAGAGGCACAACCAACAGUGGCCAAGCCACCGCCACCAGCACCCAAAGAUAACGAGACCAAGCCUCAAAACGAGAACAGUGGUUUCAAGCGUUUCUCCCAGUUCGGCCUAACCGGUAAGGUCUUUAUCGUCACAGGGGGUGCUCAAGGUCUGGGCCUUGAGAUGACAGAAGCACUUGCCGAAGCUGGUGCCAAAGUCUACUGCCUCGACCGCGCCGAACAACCCGACCCAGCCACCUGGUCUUCAGCCCUCAAGCGCGUCCCCACCUCCCACGGCGGCUCCCUCCACUACCGCGAGCAAGACGUCCAAGACACUUCACACCUCGACAAGCUCAUCGCCUCCAUCGCCACCGAAAACAACCGACUGGACGGCGUCGUCGCCACCGCCGGCGUCCAACAGCUCACGCCCGCCAUGGAAUAUAAACCCCACGACGUCGCCCGCAUGCUAGCCAUCAACUACACCGGCGUCUUCAUGACGGCCUCCUCCGCCGCCCGACAAAUGUACAAACUCAAAACCUCCGGCUCCAUCGUUUUGAUUGCCAGCAUGUCCGGGCUGUUGGCGAGGAACUUGGCGAUGGAGUGGUCCCGUAAACAGGAGGAUGGGACGGGAGGGAUCAGGGUGAACUGUAUUAGUCCGGGACAUAUACUGACGCCGAUGGUGAGGAAGAACUUUGAGGAGGUUCCCGGACUGAGGGAGAAGUGGGAGGCGGAGAAUAUGAUGGGGAGGUUGGCGGAGACGAAGGAGUUUAGAGGGGCGGUGCAGUUUUUGGCGAGCGAGGCGAGUAGUUUUAUGACGGGAGGGAAUUUGGUUAUUGAUGGGGGGCAUACUGCUUGCCUCGUACCCGAUUUCACCGAAGAGGCGUACAACUUUGGAGUCCCUGGCGCUAUCUACGACAUGACCGUGUUCGGCGGGACCUGCAGUUUCUAUGCGACUAACCAUGGGGCAUCGGAGGGGCAGGAGGUCGGAUACCUCGUGUGCGAUAAGUAUUAUGAAGCCGUUUGCACGUUCGGAAAGGCGGUUACCUGCAACACCAAGUUACUCGCUACAUUGGUGAUGAGGGAGAUUGCGUAUUGUGUUUGGCCUUGA